AUGAAUGAGGAUCGGGCGGAACUGCAGUGCCCUACUCCCCAGGCCGCUCAGUGUUUAUACCGUGAUAUUUCUGAUUUGGUGAGCUUUGAGGACGUGGCUGUGCACUUCACCCAGGAGGAGUGGGCUCUGCUGGACCCUUCCCAGAAGAGUCUGUACAGAGACGUGAUGCAGGAGACCUGCAGGAACCUCGCUGCCGUAGGAUACAUAUGGGAAGAACAGAAUGUUGAAGAUGACUGCAAAAUUUCUGAAAGAAAUCAAAGGCACAUCGUGUCUCACUCUGAAUAUGCACUGUGUGAGCAGGAGGAGGACAGAAGCAGGCCGUAUGAUUGCAGCUCUUUCCCAAGCAUUCAGGGACAUGUGGGCACUCACACUGUCAAUGGACCUUGUGAGUGUGAGGUAUGUUUAAAAUCCUUAGGUUUUCCAAGUGCAUUUGGAAUGUAUCACCCAACUCACGGUGGACAGAACGUCUGUGACUACAGGGACUGUGGCAAGGCCUCUGUCUACCAUAGCUCACUGUACACACAUGGAGGCGCUCACACUGUAAGGAAAUGUUAUGAGUGUAACCAGUGUGGGAAAGUUCUUAGCUCCUCCAGUUCCCUCCAAAGGCACGAGAGAAUCCACACGGGGGAAAGACCCUAUAAAUGUAACCAGUGCGGCAAAGCUCUGAGCUCCUCUACUUCACUUCAAAGACAUGAGAGAAUCCACACAGGAGAAAGACCCUAUAAAUGUAACCAGUGCGGCAAAGCCUUCAGAUGUCACAGCGCCCUUCAGUUACAUGAAAGAAUUCACACUGGUGAAAAGCCCUAUGAGUGCCAGCAGUGUGGGAAAGCCUUCACGUGCCACAGUUACCUUCGACUGCACGAGAGGACGCACACAGGAGAGAAGCCGUAUGAGUGUCAGCAGUGUGGGAAGGCCUUCAGAUGCCAGACGUCCUACCACAGGCAUAAAAUCAUUCACGGUGGAGAAACCUUCUAUGAAUGUAAGCAGUGCAGUCGGCUCUUCAUCUACCCCUCCUUACUUCAGAUGCAUGAGAGGACUCACACCAGUGAGAGGCCCUAUAAAUGCAAAGACUGCGGCAAGUCCUUCCUGUACCCUUCCCUACUUCAAAUGCACGAGAGGACUCACACUGGUGAGAAGCCCUACGUGUGUAAACAGUGUGGCACGGCCUUUAGACACCACUCCUCCCUGCGACUGCACGAGAGGACGCACACGGGAGAGAAGCCCUAUGAGUGUCAGCAGUGCGGCAAGGCCUUCACGCGCCACACUUCCCUCCGGUUACAUGAAAUUACUCACACUGGAGAGAAACCUUACAAAUGCAAAGAGUGUGGCAAAGCCUUCAGACACCACUCUUCUCUCCGAUUGCACGGAAGAAUUCACAGUGGGGAGAGACCCUAUGAGUGCAAACAGUGUGACAAAGCCUUUAUACGUUACAGUUACCUUCGCCUACACGAAAGAACACACACAGGAGAAAAACCUUACGAGUGCAAAGAGUGUGGGAAAGCCUUCAGCCGUCACAGUUCUUUUCAGAGACACAAGUCUAUUCACGCUGUGGAGAACCCCUAUGAGUGUCAGCAGUAUCUAAUUCCUCUGUCCCUGUUUCCUCCAAAUACAUCAGACAACCCAUACUGGUAA